AUGCUGCGAGGGACCUACUUGUUCCACCCGCAGGAGCCAGCGAUUGUGUUCUGGCAGUUCUUCGUUGGCAUCGGCAUUGUGUAUUCAAUCAUCGUCGUGCCAUUUCGUCUGGGCUACGAUGUCGACGCGACUGGUGGGUGGUAUGUGCUGGAGAUGAUAAUCGACGGGUUCUUUCUCGUGGAUAUACUGCUCAAUUUCCGCACAGCUUACUUUGACGACGAGCGACGACUCAUCUACGAUCCAAAAGCACUCUUUUGGCGAUACGCCAAAGGCUGGUUCGUCCUUGACCUAAUUUCUACAGUGCCUAUCGACGAGCUUUUCCAAGCUGCGGUGGGCACAUCAAACCAAACCGUGCGGCUUUUCCCGACAAAGUUGUUGAGGCUCUUCCGAGUUGCGCGGUUGCUGAAGCUUACGCGUUUGAUCAAGCUCAGUCGUGUCUUUGGCCGAAUCCGUGACCAUGUUCAGUUGAGCCCAUCCACCGAACGACUAUUUAAGCUGCUGGCGAUCAUGUCGAUCAUCUGCCAUUGGAACGCGUGCAUGUUUCAUGGAGUGAUGAUGGCGAGCGAGACGGCCGGUUACCAUACUUGGUGUGACGAUGCCUUUUUCCCGGAUGACCCCCAUCAGCUGGAGUGUUCUUCACUCGUACCGAUUGGUGACCGCUACAUCGCAGCGCUUUACUGGGCGUUCACCACUCUUACCACAGUGGGGUAUGGCGAUGUAAAGCCGAGCGUCCACUCACCGUACGAGCUGGUCGUGGUGAUCAUCCUCAUCGUUGUGAAUGCCACCGUGUUUGGUUACAUCAUCUCGUCGGUGAUGACGCUCAUCCACAACCUAGACCCGAGCGAUCGCGAGUACCGGCUGCUGAUGACAGAGAUGAAAGACUACCUGCGUGACGCUUCUGUCAGUGAGCGCCUCUGCACAAAUGUCAAAAAUGUAAGUGGGCACGCGGCACGGCAAUUGACAACGACACUUAAAUUAACUCUGAGCGUACGUUAUUGCAGCACUACCAACAUCACAUAG